ACUCUGGGCAGCAGUUGCGGAGAGAGCGUCGGACUGCAUCUCGGAGUGGGCAGAGAGCAGGGCGAUGACCACACCGGCAGGCUCGGGCUCAGGCUUCGGCUCCGUGUCCUGGUGGGGCCUGUCCCCGGCGGUGGACCUGCAGGCUGAGAGUCCUCCUGUGGACCCAGACGAUCCAGAGCACGGGAUACCCGAACUAAAUGUCCUGCUGGUGGGCUCCGUGGAUGGGCGGCAUCUGCUUCGGACUUUGGCCCGAGCUGCGCUCUGGCCUCGAAGGAGAUUCCACUUUUAUGUUCUGGAAAAUAAUCUAGAAGCUGUAGCCCGACACAUGCUGAUCUUCAGUAUAGCCUUGGAGGAUCCAGAGAAGAUGGGGCUGCAAGAGAGGAGCGAGACCUUCCUGGAGGUGUGGGGGAACGCGCUGCUGCGCCCCCCGGUGGCCGCCUUCGUGCGCGCCCAGGCCGACCGCCUGGCUCACCUGGUCCCGGAACCCGAUUGCCUGCAAGAGCAGCUGCCCUGGCUCAGCCUGGGCGCGCUCAAGUUCCGCGAGCGCGACGCCCUGGAGGCCGUGUUCCGUUUCUGGGCGGGCGGGGAGAAGGGGCCUGAGGCCUUCCCCAUGAGCCGCCUGUGGGACUCGAGGCUGCGCCACUACCUGGGCUCCCGGUACGACGCCCGGCGCGGUGUCAGCGACUGGGACCUGCACAUGAAGCUGCACGAUCGCGGGGCCCGAGUCAUCCAUACUCGUGAGUUCCGGCGCUGGAGGGACACAGGCGUCGCCUUUGAACUCAGAGACUCCAGCGCCUAUCACGUGCCCAACCGGACCCUGGCGUCCGGUCGUCUCCUGAGCCAACACGGAGAGCUCGUAGCAGCGCGCGGGUACUGGGGGGACAUCGCCACGGGGCCCUUCGUGGCCUUUGGCAUCGAAACCGACGACGAGACACUCCUGCGGACCAACAACGGGCAGCCGGUCAAGACCGCGGGCGAGAUCACGCUGCACAACGUGACGGAGCUGUUUAGAGAAGUGGUCGCUUGGGGGCGGCCGAGAACCACCAAGGGAGACUCGGAGCAGGUGCCGAGCGACGCGGGUGGAAGCCUGCCAGAGUCUGCCCCUGCCCCUGGAUCCUUCACUGUCCACUUCCUGUCCCUCGGCUCCACCCAGACCCUCCACCACAAGAGCUGCUACAAGGAACAGUUCCAGCUUCUCUACGUGGCCUGUGGGAUGGUCCAUUUUCUCUGCCCUGAGCUCGGGGCCUGCGUGGCCCCUGGAGGACACCUGAUCGUGGAAUUGGCACAGUACCUAGUGGACCUGCGGCAGGAGCAGCUGCAGGGGUUCUCCAGCCGGGUGGGGGAGCUAGCCCGGGCGGCUGGAUUCGCCCCACAGCCUGGAGCCAGGCCUUCGGAGACCUUCGCGCGCUUCUUCAAGCCCGGAGACUCUUCUCCCAGCCAGGAGGACCCAGCUGUGGAAUCUGGGACCCCACCCCCGGAAGUUCUGGCCCCGCCCCUUGAGGCCCCCAACCCGCCCGCUGAGGACCUGACCCAACCCCUUGAAGGUCAGACCCCGCCCCCUGAGCCCUUCAAGCUGCCUUCAGCGUCUCAGGUUUCACUCCCGGAGGUUUUGGCUCUGCCUGCAGGGAGUCAGACCGCCAAACCCGACAGUCUGACCAGACCCCCAGAGACCAAGCCCCCCACCUCUAACUUCUGAAGUCAGGUCCUAGAAUUUGAACCCACCUCUAAAAUACUCUCUGCUCACAACUCAGCCCCAGAGGUGUCGCUAGAAUUUCAGAUUCCAUUCCUGGGAUUCUAUAUUUAUUUACUCCUAGAAUCUAGACUGUUCUCUGAGUUCUACAUUCCACUCUCGAGACCCUGAACAAUGCAGCCUGCAGGUCUGGCCCUGGGGUUCAGACCCUCUGCGUGGUCCCCUCGUCCUCCGGCGUCCCAUUCCUAACUGUGGGGUGGGGGUGUCCCCUCCUCUGGAGCUGGUCAGGCCCUGCGUGGACCAAGUAAAGAGAGCCAGGGCCUCUUU